GACACUUUCACUCAAGAUUUUCAGAUCUGCACCCACCCACACACACAAAAAAAAGUUAUUCUCUGCUCUGUCACUAGUUGUGUAGGACACUGCAACAGCUUUAAUUUUCCCAAAGUACCUUAGAUUUGGCUCUGUUAACUUUUGCCUGAAUCUGAAGAAGAAAAGAAAAUGAAGGGAUUGAGCAGUGGCGGUGGAGAUGUAUUCAAAUCCACCACUCUAAUCAAAUUCUUAGCCUUUACAUUACUAGCCAUAGCUUUCUUCUACUUCGGCAAACAUUGGUCCGAUGGAUCUCAACAACAACAGCUCAUUUUCUUCAAUUCUCGUCAAAACCCCACAACUUCUCAAUUUGUCUCAAUUUCCCCUAAUUUUAACAAAACUUUCGACUUAUCAUCCAUAAUUAACGACACCAACUUAAUUCCACCGCCUGCGGUGGAGGUUGCUUCAUCUCCGCCGCCACCUCCACCUCCGCCGCCGGUGGUGGAGAGGACGGGGAUAGUGAAUGAGAAUGGAGUGAUGAAUGAUGAAUUUAAAGUGGGGGAUUUUGAUCCUGAAGUUGUGGAGAAUUGGGGUGUGGGGAAUGAGACGGUUGAUGAUGAAGGGGGUGGGGUCCAGAGAUUUAAGGUUAAGAAGUUUGGGCUAUGUCCGGCGAGUAUGAGAGAGUAUAUUCCGUGUUUGGAUAAUGUGGAGGCGAUUCGUAAGUUGAAAUCAACUGAAAGAGGGGAGAAAUUUGAGCGGCAUUGUCCUGAAAAAGGUAAAGGAUUGAAUUGUUUGGUUCCUCCACCAAGAGGUUAUCGAGCUCCAAUUCCUUGGCCAAGAAGCCGUGAUGAGGUUUGGUUCAGCAACGUUCCUCAUGCACGUCUAGCUGAGGAUAAAGGGGGUCAAAAUUGGAUAACGAUAGACAAGGACAAGUUCAAGUUUCCUGGAGGUGGCACCCAGUUUAUACAUGGAGCUAAUCAGUACUUGGAUCAGAUUGAAAAGAUGCUUCCUGAAAUUGCAUUUGGCCGUCAUGUCCGAGUUGCUUUAGAUAUCGGCUGUGGUGUGGCAAGCUUUGGUGCUUAUUUACUAUCAAGGAAUGUGCUCACCCUGUCUAUUGCUCCAAAAGACGUUCAUGAAAAUCAAAUUCAGUUUGCUCUUGAGCGUGGCGUGCCUGCAAUGGUAGCUGCAAUUGCAACACAUCGUUUACUGUAUCCAAGUCAGGCAUUUGAACUAAUCCAUUGUUCAAGGUGUAGAAUCAAUUGGACUCGUGAUGAUGGGAUUUUACUACUGGAGGUGAACAGGUUGCUCCGUGCUGGUGGAUAUUUUGUUUGGGCUGCACAACCUGUUUAUAAGCAUGAAGCAGUCCUGGAAGGACAAUGGGAAGAGAUGGUCAAUCUUACCACUCGUCUUUGCUGGAAUCUUGUGAAGAAGGAAGGCUACAUCGCUAUAUGGCAGAAGCCCUUAAAUAACAGUUGUUACUUAAGCCGCGAGGAAGGAACCCAACCACCUCUCUGUGACCAACAUGAUGACCCAGACAAUGUUUGGUAUGUUGAUCUGAAAGCAUGUAUUGCACGGCUGCCUGAAGAAGGAUAUGGCAAGAAUAUUACGACAUGGCCUUCACGCCUGCAGUAUCCUCCAGAUAGACUCAAGAGCAUACAAGUAGAUUCUUUUGUGUCCAGGAAAGAGCUUUUCGUGGCAGAGUCAAAGUUCUGGAAAGAAAUAAUUGAAAGCUAUGUCCGUGCUUGGCAUUGGAAAAAGUUCAAACUUAGAAAUGUGAUGGAUAUGAGAGCUGGUUAUGGAGGAUUUGCAGCAGCAUUAAUUGAAAAUCAACUGGAUUGCUGGGUUCUAAAUGUUGUCCCUGUUAGUGGUCAAAAUACCUUACCUGUCAUCUUUGAUCGUGGACUACUUGGAGUCAUGCAUGACUGGUGUGAACCAUUUGAUACUUACCCAAGAACGUAUGACUUAUUGCACGCUAAUAGUCUCUUCUCCAUUGAACAGAAAAGAUGCAACAUGUCCACGAUCAUGCUUGAAAUGGACCGAAUAUUGAGGCCAGGUGGACGAGUGUACAUCCGUGAUUCUGUUGCUGUAAUGGAUGAACUUCAAGAUAUUGGGAAAGCCAUGGGUUGGCAUGUAACUCUCAGAGACACAUCUGAAGGUCCUCAUGCAAGUUACAAGAUAUUGACAUGUGACAAACACCUUUUACGAGCCUGAGUUAAGAAAGGAGAAAUCAACGUUUGUGUCUGCUCAUGUGCUUUUAUUUGAAGACCAAGAAACUGCAGGGACAUGUCAAAACUCAUAUCUCCGCGGCUAAAUGAGCUGAAAGAUGCUUGCCAAUAUGACGGUCCGGCUUUUGUCAAUGGCUGUUGUUUGAACCAUGUAGCAUAUGACAUGUACAGCAUAAGGUGAUAUAGUUUCACACGGUGGAAAUAUAUUUUACGUUACCAACAGGAGAAAUUUACUUUGUAAAAGGAUAGGCGUGAAUAGCUCCAUUGUUGUAUUUGUUUUAAUUUAUUAUCUGACUAUGAGGGUUUUUUAGUCAUAAGUUUUGCUGUUUACUGAUUCCAGUGGAGAAUCUGUGUUUUAAGUCAUCCAUUUAUUUACAACAGAUGUACUGAUUUUUACUUGA